AUGUUCGGAUAUACAAAUUAUUAUCCUAAUUAUUAUUACCCAGAUGGAGAUGCGUUUACUGGUAGAACUAUUCGGGUGAAUGGUCAACCAUAUUUCUUCGAAAAACGUUUAGGUGCUGGUGGUUUUGGCGCUGUAUAUUCUGCAAGAACAGCAAAUAAUAUGCCCGUUGCUGUCAAAGUGACUAUGAUAGCUGGUGCAACACGUUUCGAGAAAGAAGGUCGCGUUGAAUCUUUUUUAAAUGAAGUUGCUCAACUCAAUCGAUUACGACAAGAAUCACGUCAUGUCGUUGUUAUCCAUAAUUUCGGGUUUGAUCCUCGAGCUGGACAUGCUUAUAUUGUGAUGGAAUUAGGUCAUGAAAAUUUAUAUACAUUAGUUAAAAAAUUACGUGAAAUGAGUCGAACUGGCAGUCCAGCAAUUGAUGGGGAAAUGAUUAAAGAAUUUUGGCGUCAAAUGGUCACUAUUGUCAUUACACUUAGUAAAAAUGGAAUUGUUCAUAUGGAUUUAAAACCAGACAAUUUAAUUCUCUUUGGAGCGACACUCAAAAUUGCUGAUUUAGGUAUAUCAAGAAAGGCUGAUGCUUUAGGUCUUGCUGGUCUAGGCACUAUGGGCUAUAGUGCACCGGAAAUAAUGGAAGAUAUUCCUGGUGCUCAACGUUAUUAUACUUCAAAAGCAGAUGUAUGGUCAUUAGGUGCUAUUCUUUAUUUUAUGGUUUAUGGUGAACCACCAACUUAUAGAUCAGGUCCAAAUCCGCCAUAUAGACAAAGGCCAUAUCCAGAUCAUCAAUUAAAUGAUAUGCUUCGUCGCACCUUAACAUUGAUUGCCAAAGCUGAUAUUCACAUUGAUUCAAGUCCUGUCUCUAUUGGUACCCUUACAUUUACUCAGCGAGAUUUUCCUCCAGCACCUGUUCGUGUUAGUGGAACAUUGAAGAAUUUAAUACCAAAUACAAGAUAUCAUGGAUUUCAUGUACACACGUUUGCUUUACCCGAAGGUGACUGGAAUUGUAAUCAUGUUGGUGCUCAUUGGAAUCCAUUUAAUACAAGACAUGGUGAUAGAUUAGAUUCAAUUGAUCGUAGACAUGUUGGCGAUCUUGGAAACAUUUUGUCUGAUUCGUUAGGUAGUGUAAACAUUGAUUUCGAGGAUUCCAUUAUUCAAUUACAUAAUUUAACAAAAAGUUCGAUUUUGAAUAAAUCCAUUGUUAUUCAUAAAGAUAACGAUGAUCUUGGUCGUGGUAACCACGAUGAUAGUCAUACGACAGGUCAUGCUGGUGCUCUCAUUGCCUGUGGAAAUAUUCGUCUACUCGAUUCAGUUUCAACUUCGAAAUCAGCCAUAAAUAUCCUCUGGCCAUUCGAUUUAAAUACAAAAGAUUUUUAUAAUAUUUAUAAUGGUGUUCCACUAAGCAGUGUGUCCUAUGUUUCGUCACCAGUAAGCACAACGGCUGUUCAUCUUCGAUCAUCUCUAAAACAAUCAAUAGUAGUGACUCAACCAAGCUUGAAUUUGACUCGCUUAUCAUUCACUGUUCAAUGUUGGAUUCAUCCGAUGUCUCUAUCAACCUAUCACAAUACUAUUUUAGCACAAUGUCAAAAUCCAUCACUCUGA